AUGAUGAAAAACUCAUUUGUUAGAGGUCCUCCAGCAUCAGGAGCCUACAAAGAAAGAGUCGUUAAGUCCAAAAUGUUUACCAAGUUCUAUGAGAGAGGAGAUUUUCCAAUUGCCAUUAAACAUGAUCGUACAGGAAAUAAAAUAAGCUGGAAGGUUGCAAUUGAGCAGUUGGAUUACAUGUACUAUCUGCCUCUAUUCUUUGAUGGACUUUGCGAAACAAAACAUCCCUACGAAUUUUUAGCUCAUCAAGGAGCUUCCGACAUGCUUGAACAUGGAGGACCACAGAUUCUUCCUGCCAUUCCACUUCUGAUUCUACCAAUAAAAAAUGCUCUAAGUACUCGCAAUCGCCAGGUUUUGCGCAACACACUGAAACUCCUUCAGCAAUUGGUUGUAUCAUUUGAUAGGGCGGGGGAAGAAGUUACACCUUUUCUUAACCAUAUUUUACCCAUCCUCAACCAAUUCAAGAAUCUGAAUGUGAAUACAGGAGAUGGGAUUGUGUAUAGCCAACAAAAGAGGGAAAACAUUGGAGAUCUGAUAAAUGAGACCCUAGAAGCUUUUGAACGACAUGGAGGAAAAUAUGCUUACGCAAAUAUAAAAUUCCUAGUCCCUACCUAUGAAUCGUGCCUUUGA